GCGGGGACUGGAGCAAAGUCUUGAACAGCGUGGGCGGGGCGGAGUGACGUCACUUGCCCUGUGGCUCUGACCGUCGAGGAAGGGAUGUGCGACCCCCUCCCCUUCUCUCAGACAACUGUCCCAACGGCUGUUCCCGCCCCAGUCAUUGUGAAAAUAUUCCGUGGAGUGGGAGGGGCGGGGUCUUCUGAAAGCGCUCAUCAAGAAAUCUGCACUGCGUGGGGAGCAAGUCCACGUCUUGGGCUGUGAAGUGAGUGAGGAAGAGUUUCGAGAAGGUUUUGACUCCUGUGUCAACAGCCGUUAUUGAGAAUUGAAUCCAGUGCCUUACCCAUGCUAGGCAAGUGCUCUACCUCUGAGCUACAACCCCAGUCACUGUGUGGAGAAUGGAUUGGAAGGAGGCAGCCUAGAGACAGAGAGACCAGGCUGAUUUACUAUGACCUCUUCAGAGACCCUCUCAGUUGGUCAAAAACUGGGGAGGCUUUUCCUGAGGGACCCCUGGGAGUCUUGAGAGCCAUAUGUAGGAGGACAGAUCCUGGUCCUGCCACCAUAGCUCUUGAUUCACUCAGCUGGCUUUUGCUUCGUCUUCCCUGUUCUGCAGUCUGCCAGACCCUCCAUGCUCUGAGCCAUCAAAACUCCUACCCUGGUGAUAGUUCUCCAGUAAAGCAGGUGCAUGUAUUGGGCCUGCUACAUGAAGAACUUCAUGGCCCAGGCCUUGUGGGAGCACUGAGCAGUCUUACCCAGACUGAGGUGAUUCUGGGUGGUUUAAUGGGCCAAGCCUCAGCCCAUGUCCUCUUUCGGAAGCCCCAACAGCGCCCAACUUAUCAGACUUCGUGGUUUUCCAUCCUUCCUGACUUUAGCCUCGACCUCCAGGAGGGGCCUCCCCUAGGGUCCCAGCACCACCCAGAUCCUCAUACAGCUCUGGUGGACCCCACGACUCAUUUGACCUUUAACCUUCACCUGUCCAAGGAAGAAAGAGAAGCCAAGGAUAGCCUGAUUCUGCCCUUCCAGUUCAGUUCUGAAAAACAGCAGGUUCUACUGCGUCCUGUGCCAGGCCAGGCUACCAGCCACAUCUUCUAUGAGCCAGAUGCUUAUGAUGACCUAGACCAAGAAGACCCAGAUGAUGACCUUGAUAUUUGACUGGCCAGACUUGACUACACUAAUGGAAAUGGGUGGGAGUGGGAGGACUGUGGUCCCAGUUUCUGUACUGCCUUUGUUCCUUUGUCUAUGGAGGUCCUACCCUAUGAGGUAGGAAGCAGUAUCCGAUCAGAACAGAAAGUGGGAUGAAGAGAUAGCAUAAGGUGAGGAAAUAGGAACAACCCCCCCAUACCUAAUAAAAUCUUUUAUUAAUUUUU